GUGAGCUGGAGGGGCAGCUCUUUUGAUCAUUCCUCUUAAACACUGCUACACAUCUUUAUCUCUAAUCUCUGACCUCAUUUCUGUAUUACCCCUCAAUCACAUCCUCUUAACAUAUCCUUCUUUCAAAUCACUGAACAACAUGCCAGUGACCAAGUUCUCCCAUCCUGAUCCGUACUCCUACCAGACGGGCUUCGACUCUUAUCAUGAGACCGAAGCUGUCGAAGGCGCUCUUCCAGUAGGACAAAAUUCCCCUCAGAAAGCCCCCUAUGGCUUGUACGCAGAGAAGCUGUCCGGUACAGCAUUCACCGCCCCCCGACACGAGAACCGACAAACAUGGGUCUACCGCAUUCUCCCCGCCGCUGCCCACCAGAAUUUUGUCGCCGAGGAAGAGGACUCCUAUCAUACUCGCAUGACCACUGAAACACACCAGCUCCACCACAUUCCUAACCAACUGCGAUGGGAUCCUUUCGACCUAGAUGAGACUGUCGACUGGGUCCACGGUCUGCAUCUUGUUGCUGGAGCCGGUGACCCUACUUUGAAAUCGGGUCUGGGGAUCAUUCUCUACGCGGCGGGCAAGGACAUGGGGAAGGAGGCAUUCUACUCGGCUGACGGCGACUUUCUGAUCGUGCCUCAGCACGGCGUACUGGACAUUCAGACUGAAUUGGGGCGGCUUGUGGUCCGUCCGAACGAGAUCUGCGUGAUUCCCCGGGGCGUGCGAUACCGCGUAACCCUUCCCGCCGGUCCAGUGCGAGGAUACAUCUGCGAGCUCUACCAAGGCCACUACCAGCUCCCCGAGCUGGGCCCGAUCGGCUCCAACUGUCUCGCCAACGCCCGCGACUUCCAGGCGCCCGUAGCCGCCUUUGACGACGAAGAGGAACCCUCCGAGUACCGGCUGUACAGCAAGUUCGCCAACAAGCUCUACUCCGCCCGGCAGCAGCACACCCCCUUCGACAUCGUCGCCUGGCACGGCAACUACUACCCCUACAAGUACGACCUCGGGCGCUUCAACACGAUCGGCUCUAUCUCAUUUGAUCACCCGGACCCGUCCAUCUUUACCGUCCUGACCGGCCCGUCAGACCAUGCGGGCACCGCCAUCGCCGACUUCGUCAUCUUCCCGCCCCGCUGGCUGGUGCAGGAGAACACCUUCCGCCCGCCUUGGUACCACCGCAACACCAUGUCCGAGUUCAUGGGGUUGAUUACGGGGAACUACGAUGCCAAGACGGGAGGUGGGUUCCAGCCUGCGGGCGCUAGCUUGCACAAUGUGAUGAGUGCGCACGGGCCGGAUGCAGAUGCCUUUGAGGGCGCGAGUAAUGCAGAGCUCAAGCCAACGAAGGUUGGCGAUGGGAGUAUGGCGUUCAUGUUUGAGAGCUGUCUAAUGGUGGGUGUCUCCGAGUGGGGGCUGAAAACUUGUCAGAAGGUGCAGGAGGAAUAUAAUGAGCACAGCUGGCAGCCCCUCAAGCGCCACUUUAAGAAUCCGAACAAGAAAUAGGGUGUGGCAUGGUAAUAAGGCUGUAGGAUGGAUUUGGAGGUCAAAUGAUGAAACAAGCGAUAGCAGGCUCCGCAUGAUUAUCCUAUCGAG